UCGACGGGCACCAUUUGCGCCCUCCGCAACGUGAGCAACCAGUGUCGGCUUCAGCACCAUCGUCGUCACAAGUCUGCAUACACGCGAGACCUAGAGGCUGUUCUCCGCGCUGCAAGAUCACUGCUAGACGAGUGGCGAUCUUUUUCCGGUCCCCUUGGCACACUACGCUGCUCAAGAGGGAGGAGCGUAUCGAGAGCAUCGAGUGCGCGACUUUCGCCAACUUAUGUCCUCGUAUGCGCUCCAUUUUUGAACUCGUUCGGACAUCAUGACGACGCGCAGUACUCGCAGCACCAGAAGUGCCAAGGAGCGCAUGACGGAUGGGGAUGUCUAUGUUUUCCUGCUCCAAGUAUCGGUCCUUUCUUGGGCGCAGCGGCACCAAGCCGGAGCCGAUUCCAAGUCUCCUACCACCGAAGUGCCGCCCUCUGUGCCUGCGGCGACGAUCAAAAAGGCCGAGGCGUCUGGUGCUGCCGCUGCUUCGGCAUCCACUAGCAAGACGGAUUGGAUGAGCUUAAGCGGCUUGGCAGACAUGGUCAGGGAUGUCAGCCUCACUUCCAAAGCUGCGCGAUUCCCCGAAAAGCUCUUGAAGCGCCUCAGUGAGAGGCUCGAAAGGAUCGCCAUGGGACGGGAUCCCUACUACAAUGACCAGAGUCUCCGACAGACCGUCGGAGUCUUCUAUGGCACCUACAAGGAGGCUUCCCUGCAGAAGCAAUUCAGAGAGAACAGGAAGGUGGAGGAGUUGAUCUUGAUCUUUGUCACAUCUGCGCAAAAGACUCUCAGAGCGAGGAUAGAAGGGGAUGGGUGGAAGGAGGAACUCAACAAGCAGGUCGGCCAAUUCGUCAAGAUCGUGCGCGAAUGCUUGAAGACUAUGCAUGGCGUGUCGCGAGAACUCACCGACAGGCUGGAUGGCUACUCUGCCAAACUCUCUCCCGCUCCCAUCAGUUUGGGCCAAGCUGACCCCGACGCGACGAAGAAACGGGAAUCGAAUGGAGCGGAUCUCAAUGCUGUAGCUUCCUCCUCCAAUGCACUGGCCACGGAAAGGAGGGCUAGCGCAGCGAGCUCGGUCACUGCUGUGGGGGGCGGCAAUCCGAUUGCCGAGUCUGCAAUGAUUCGCACUGUUGGCGAGCUGUUUCAGGUCGAAGAAGAGCAAUUGCGAAAAGAUGUCGAUUUCAUGAAAGCUACUGCUACCGAGAAGGCUGCCAUGAUAGAUCUGAAGCACUGCGUAAAGAACAUCAACCUUCAGGCCUCCUGGCCCGCACGGAGAGAAGACUUCAAGUCUGAUGAAGCUUAUCAAAAAUGGCGAGGACAGGAGUUGCAAGACUUGUCCUCAAUCAUGGCGCAAAUGUGUCGAGCUAACCCAGAGUUGCUUCGCACAACCAAUUCGGACAUCAACCCCAGGACCGGAACCGGCGCCGGUAGUGGCGCCGGUGCUGAGGACGGCGGCAGUGGUCCAGGCGCGGGAGAUGCGGACGCUACUGCCGCGGGCGAUGGGCAGGAUCCGGAAGAUGAAGAGGCCACGUUCGGAGCUUUCACGUUCAUUCCGCCCGACCCGAGGGCAUACUAUCGAAGAGCUCUGGAAUUGUGCAUCGACUACGAUCUAGAGCAGAUCAAAUACCAGGCUGAAGAUGAAGAGGUCUCUCUGAGCAUCUUAUCACGGUCCCACGUCGAGCUACUCGCCGACUGCUCGCUGAGAUGGCGUUUGAUGAGCUCGUUCCGUGAUUUGACCAACCUCGAUGUCAUCAAGUACAGGUAUGACAGGGGGGAGGUGCCGCUCGACUGCAUUUCAGAGGCCCUCUCUGCUACGCAGCACGCCAUGACCGACACAAACCUCGAAAAUUGGACAAGGAGCGACCACGAGCAACUCGUCAAAGUGUGCACAUCGCUUUUCGAGUCUUUCAUGCGGUUCAUUCACGAGGCAUUUCAAGAUAUGCACAAUGUCGACCCGGAGGAUGUCCAACCUUACCUCGCUCUCAUCACCGAUCUCCACGAGUCAGGUCUUGUUCAUGCAGAUGGUCAGCUUGAGGGCGAAAUUUUGGACAUGUCGAGGUUUGUCGAAGAUCUCAAAGACCGGAUACGCAUCAUGGCCAUCCACGAGUACACCGCAAAGACGACGGAUCUGUUCUCGCAAAUUGUGGACAACGAGAUCGUACCACUCGUGCAACUUUUGGAAUGGGUAGAGAAAGGAGCUAAGAAGAUCGACAGGAAGUACCCUGAACCAGUGCUAGGAUCUGUCGACCCUGUCUCGCUGCUCUUGGAAAAGCAAGUCAGCCUCUAUCUCGACGAUUUGGACUCGAUGAAGCAGCAAAUUGUCGACCAUGCGCGGCGAGACCGGAAUGCUCUGCCAUUCGAAGAUGUCUACACGCUCUAUGGCAGGGUGAAGGGCUUGCUACGGAUGCAUGCAGCAUUCUGUCCCGAUCUUGAGCUAUCCUUCGUGCUUUCCGAAUGGUUUGAGCCCCAUAUCCACCAAUGGCUGACUCUAACCGAGAAGAAGACAGGCGAGUGGGUCAACAAUGCCAUCUCCUCUGAUCGGUUUCAGCCCAUCGAAAGCGAGGGAGCUGUUCACAGCUCAUCCAUAGACGACCUAUUCGGUGCGCUUCAACAGCCACUAGACUUCAUAUCCAGCAUGGACUGGCCCGACCCUUACAGCAAUGCUCGAUUUCUGACAAGUCUGGCGAAGACCGUGAGCAGAUCGAUUGAGCAAUACUGUAGUCGAGUGGAGGAGCUCUUCAUGGAAGAGAUGUUUCCACGCACGGCAGAUGAUCAGGACGUACAGUCGAAGCAAUCCGCGUGGAUGGUCAAAGCCAAGCAGACGCUGCAGGGCGAGAAGCGAGUCGAGCCUUUCCACUUCCAACCCACUUCCUGCGUCAAGCUGAACAAUAUUGAAGCGGCACGGUCAUUGCUCGACAAGAUCUACCAACGCAUUGACGCAGAUGAGCAAGCUAGGAUCAUCACCUCCCAGGGGCCUCGAGUACCGGACAAGCAGUCUCAAGAUAGGUAUAUCUUCACUAUCAAACUCGUGCUGGGGGAGAACCUUCAGCCUAUCAAGUCCUCUUCAGCUACAGCGCGUAUCGAUUCUUUCGUUACUUUGAGCGACGAGAGGGGCAACAAGAUUGCCAAAACCCGUACAAUCUACGAGACGCCCGAUCCAAGAUGGGACGAAGCUUUCGACAUUCCUGUAGAAAAGCAAAUGUGGCUGGCCGCAACUGUGUGGGACCGGAAGCUGGUCGGAGAUCAUGUGCUUUGUGGCAGAGCUUACCUGAGGUUAGAUCCUAGAUACUUUGCCGAUCAUCUAGCCCAUGAGCUCUGGUUGGAUCUCGAUACUCAGGGCAAGUUGCUCACCAGAGUCAGCAUGGAAGGUGAAAAGGAUGACAUCCUCUUCCACUUCGGAAGAGCGUUCCGAUCGCUAAAGCGGUGCGAAAGCGACAUGAUUCGCAUCAUUGUGGACAAGAUGAGCAUCUUCAUCAGGCAAUGCCUAUCCCGGCAAGUUCUGAAGUCGCUCGUCAGGACCAGCGGCAUCAAUCUGGACAAAGCGCUGGGCAAUGUCAAGGCACUGUACGCUCAGGCGCUCGCCAGCACCAAUGUCAACGGACCAUCGAUACCGCCUGUGCAAGCUGACUUGCCGAAGAAGCAGAGGCCGGCCCAGCUUACGGAUCAGGAGAUCGAAGGAGCUAUCUUGCCACUUCUUGACUAUCUUGACGAAUGUCUAGCCACUCUGAAAGGCAAUCUGAGCGAGAGCGAAUCUCUUCUAGUGCUCACUAAAGUGUGGAAAGAGGUCCUGAACACUAUCGAUGCAAUCCUGCUGCCACCUCUAUCAGACGCUCCCUCGGACAUGCCGCAGCUUUCGGGCAAGGAAGUCGAAGUGGUUUUUAAAUGGCUGAGCAUGCUUAGGAACUACUUCAACGCCUACGACGAGGAAACCGGCAUUGCUCACGGGGUGCCCCUGGAAGUCUUGCAAGGACCGAAGUAUCGCGAAAUUGUAGCAUACACUCUACAUCACGAUGCCAACACGGAUUCGUUGAUGGAGGCGUGCGUUCGCGAGCUUCAACAGAGACUCCGUCGGGCACCCUCCAGACGCGCCAAGAACAAGAGCGUUCUUCAACAAAGAUCGCUUGGCACAAUCAAGAAGCGCAAGCAGGACAAAAAGGGAGAGGAGCAGGAUGACAGUCUGGACGGUGAGCAGCAAGGGUUCGUCUCGGGAUGCGCAGCGAAUGAUUCUGCGUCUGCUUCGUAUGCGACCCGGCACGACGGAUUUUCUGAGACAGCAAUUCGCGACGAUCAGCAGUCUGCAGGCAGCCAUGGGCAGCGGGGGAGCAGCAGCAGCAUCGGCUGGAGGUGGGCCUCGACAGAGACCUCCCGCUAUUCAACGAGCAUCAAGAGGUCCUGGAGGGGCGCCUCUUCCUCCUUUGCCAAGCUCGGGAUAUAGGUGACCUUGGGAGUCUGCGGCAAUGAACGCUUUGGGCGGAUACGGGUACUUCCAUGCAGCCCUCUUUCUUUUUGCACUUUGCUCCUCCGCGCAUACAAGCUGCUCCGUGUGCGCUUUCUGUUCGUCUUCGUGCCCUCCUAUCUCCCCCACUCUUUCGCAUCUAACCUUCCAACACCUGUUCCUUUUCGAUACCCCCGCCCCCCACUUCUGGCGCAUCUGUAAUCCGCUCACGUCUUGCGUGCUGCCAAUGCUUGAGAGCGCCGCCCAAUUCAUGCGAUCAAUCACGAGCGGUCGCUGCAGUUGAGUGCAAUUUCGUCAACACCCGCAGCGCCAAGUUGG